UUUGUAGAUUCAAUUGAACAAUAAUCCUGUUAUCGAUCAAAAAUUCAAAUAAUUUAUUCUUAUCAGAUCUCAACGGUUUUAAUUUCGCACCCGAAACUUGAUUCUAAUUCUCUCACUCUAGUUUCCAUAUUUUGUGUAAAAAUUUUCGGCUCUUUUUUGGUUUGUUGCGCUAAGAGAACCUAACAACUUUUGUUUUAAAGCUUGUUUUGAUUUUAGAUAAUUUCUGGAAUCAACAAAUCAAACUUUGAAUUAGCCUCGUAACUCUCGUUUAAACCAUAAAACGCAGUUUCAAACGGUUUUGGAAAAGCUUUUACGUUCAUUUUUCGCUUUCACGAAUAUCAAAAAACCCUGGAAGAGCUUAGAGUUUUGGGGGUGCUUUCCUAUUUCAAUUUGAGGAUUUUUUUUUGCUAGAUAAAUCCUGCUUUCUUGCAUUUUCUCCUGAAAAUUGCCUCUAUUUUGACAUGCGAAUUAAGAAAUAAUGAUUUCAAUUGCUUAGACUUUUAAUUUGGGAGAGGGUUUUAGGCUCAUGUUUGGAACAAUGCCUCAGGAACAUUGUUCGAAAUCCAAGCACCAAAACAACUUCUAUGAAAUCUGAUAAAGAUUUUGGGUAACGCAAACUAUUAAAAAUGCUGUCUAUGUCUCCAAAUUCAAUGGCUCGUAGCUCCCUGGAGGAAAUGCUGGAUUCUCUCCGACGGAGGGAUGAGAUGGAAAAGCCUAAAGACAUGCCCCCGGCCUUGCCAGUUCGGCCCAGAGCUGCCUCCCGGUCUCGGCUUCCCUCAGCCAAACGGUCGCUUCCCACAAACUUUAAAAUUGGGGAAUCGGAACUGCCAGAUAGCUCAUCAAAUUGUAAUGUUAAGAAGGAAGAAACAAAAGGGUCGAGAAGGAAUAGUUUUGGGGCUAAAAAGAUUAAGGAAAUGGAUCAGAGGGAAUCGCCCUAUGUUGUGGCGUUUAACGAGAAGAAAUGUGAGAGGAGGUUGGAGGAGAAAGAUGGUGCCGAGCUCGCCAGCUUGCCUCUGGGAUCACUCCCGAGGCUUAGGGAGCCUGAGUGGGAUGAUAACCUUGGGUAUUUCAUUAAGAAGAAACUUCGUGUAUGGUGUCGGUGUCUAAACGGGCUAUGGGAAUCAGGGCUGAUACAGUCAACUUCAGGAGACAAAGCUUUGAUUUUGCUGUCAGAUGGAAGUGUUGUUACAGUGCCCACAGGGGAGCUCUUACCUGCAAAUCCAGAUAUUGUUGAGGGUGUGGAUGAUCUUAUACAACUUAGUUAUUUGAAUGAACCUUCAGUUCUUCACAACCUUCAACACAGAUAUUCUCAAGACAUAAUAUAUAGUAAAGCAGGCCCUGUUCUAAUAGCAGUCAAUCCCUUCAAAGAUGUCCACAUUUAUGAAAAUGAUUUCGUUACGGCCUACAGACAGAAGCUUUUGGACAGCCCUCAUGUUUAUGCUAUAGCUGACAGUGCCUACAAUGAAAUGAUGACAGAUGAAGUAAAUCAAUCCAUCAUUAUAAGUGGGGAGAGUGGUGCUGGUAAGACUGAAACUGCUAAGAUUACAAUGCAAUACUUGGCUUCACUUGGUGGAGGUACGGGUGGGAUAGAGUCUGAAGUGCUGCAGACAAGCUGUAUACUGGAGGCAUUUGGUAAUGCUAAAACAUCCAGGAAUGAUAACUCCAGUCGAUUUGGAAAGUUGAUUGAAAUUCAAUUUAGUGCUACGGGAAAUAUAGGUGGUGCUAAAAUACAGACUUUUCUACUUGAGAAGUCAAGAGUGGUUCAGUUGGCCCAGGGAGAGAGGUCGUACCAUAUCUUCUACCAGCUUUGCGCAGGGGUUUCUUCUACUCUCAGAGGUAGAUUGAGGUUAAAAAGGGCUUCUGACUACAAUUAUCUCAAUCAGAGUGGUUGCUUGGGUAUCAAUGAUGUUGAUGACGCUCAGAAGUUUCACAUCCUUGUGGAGGCCCUAAAUGCUCUCAGAAUUUGCAAAGAAGAUCAGGAGCAUGCAUUCGAGAUGCUUGCUGCAGUGUUGUGGCUGGGAAACAUAUCCUUUCAUGUGAUUGACACAGAAAACCACAUUGAGGUUGUUGCUGAUGAAGCUGUUAGCAAUGCUGCUAGCCUAAUAGGCUGCAGUAAAGAGGACCUAAUGCUGACUUUAUCUACAAGUAGAUUACAAGCUGGCAAGGAUAAGGUUGCCAAAGGGCUAACUCUACAACAGGCAAUUGACACAAGAGACGCAUUGGCAAAAUUUAUCUACGCGAGCUUGUUUGACUGGCUUGUCGAAGAAAUCAAUAGAUCACCUGUGAUGGGCAAACAUCAUACUGGGAGGUCCAUAAGUAUUCUAGAUAUUUAUGGGUUUGAGUCAUUUCAGAAAAAUAGUUUUGAACAGUUUUGUAUAAAUUAUGCAAAUGAGAGGCUCCAGCAACAUUUUAAUCGACAUCUCUUCAAACUUGAACAAGAGGAGUAUGAAUUAGAUGGAAUUGAUUGGACAAAAGUAGAUUUUGAAGACAAUCAAGAUUGCCUGGAUCUUUUCGAGAAGAGACCUAUUGGGCUAAUAGCUUUGUUGGAUGAAGAAUCAAAUUUCCCCAAGGCCAGUGAUUUGACCUUUGCCACUAAGCUGAAGCAACACUUGAAUGCCAGUUCUUGCUUUAAAGGAGAAAGAGAUGGAGCAUUUACUGUCCACCACUAUGCCGGAGAGGUUCUUUAUGAAACUGGUGGAUUCUUGGAAAAGAACAGAGAUCCAUUGCACUCUGAUACCAUUCAAUUACUCUCUUCAUGCACUGGUCGGCUACCUCAUUUGUUUGCUUCUAAAUGGCUUAAUCAAUCUCAGAAAGAUGCAAGUUCAUCAAUCCUGCUGGGGAUGUCGGCUCCUCAGAAGCAAAGUGUUGCAACAAAAUUUAAGAGUCAGCUGUUCAGAUUGAUGCAGCAGCUUGAAAACACGACUCCACAUUUCAUUCGAUGCAUAAAACCAAAUAGUAAGCAGCUUCCUGGCACUUUUGAGAAAGGUCUUGUGUUGGAGCAGCUUAGGUGCUGUGGGAUUCUAGAAGUUGUGAGGAUUUCCAGAUCUGGUUACCCUACUCGGAUGACACAUCAAGAAUUCACAAGAAGGUAUGGGUUCCUACUUCCUGAGAGUAACACAUGUCAAGAUCCUUUAAGUACAUCAGUUGCCAUUAUCCAACAGUUUGAUAUCCUUCCGGAAAUGUACCAAGUUGGUUAUACAAAAUUAUACUUCCGUGCGGGACAGAUUGGUGUGCUGGAAGAUGUUAGGAAACAAGUUCUGCAAGGAACUCUUGAGGUACAGAAGUGCUUCCGCGGUCAUCGGGCUCGUCUAUAUUUCCAUGAGCUCAAGGGAGGAGUACUAGCAUUGCAAUCAUUUGUUCGCGGAAAUAUUGCCAGGAGAGAAUAUGGUGCUUUGCGUAGGUUGAAUGAGCAGGUUGCUCUGAAAAGGAUAGAAGAGCAUGUUGUUCAAAUACAAUCAGUAAUUCGUGGAUGGUUGGCUCAAAGGCAUUUUAGUCAGCUUCAAAAUUCGAAAAAUAUAAAUCUUUGCAAAUGGAGACAAGGCAGGAAGAGUUCAGAAGUUAAGGAUCUAUCACAAGAAAUGUUACCUUCAGUAGUUGAAGAACUUCAAAGACGGGCAUUGAUGGCAGAAGCGACCCUCGAGCUAAAGGAAAAGGAAAAUGCAUCUCUGAAAGAUCAAGUACACCAAUUUGAGGUACGGUGGUCAGAAUAUGAAGACAAGAUGAAAUCAAUGGAGGAUGUUUGGCAAAGGCAGAUGGCAUCUUUGCAGAUGAAUUUAGCUGCAGCCAAAAAGAGUCUUGGCGCUGAGAACGCCAUGGGUCUACCGGGAAGAGAUGGUUCUCCGUCACCUUGCUAUUAUGAUUCUGAGGAUACAUCUAUGGGAACACAAACUCCCGGAGGUAGCACUCCCAUGAAAUUUGCCCACAAUGGUUUAGAACUUGGGGUCAGACAGGAGACAAAUGGUGGUUUAAAUGCAGUCAAUCCACUCUUGAAGGAGUUUGAGCAAAGAAAACAAAAUUUCGAUGAUGAGGCUAGAGCAAUUGUUGAGUCCAAGUCAGGGCAGUCACCUUCCCUGAAUGCCGGUGAAGAAUUUAGGAAACUAAAACAUAGAUUUGAAGAGUGGAAAAAAGACUACAAAGUUCGAUUAAAGGAAGCAAAGGCAAAAGUACACAGGUUAGGGAACUCUGAAGCUGACAAACAUCGAAGAACAUGGUGGGGAAAGAAGAGCAAAAAGUACUAGCAUUGAAUUAUUUCUCUGUUGGAUUUCAGCGAAACUGCUGAUUAUUUUGAGAUUUCCUCUGUGAAAGCACAUCUGCGUUGUUUCAGGAUUGUCCAUACUGUAGAAUCUGUGAGGUGGAGACUAGGAGAGUGGUUGUGUGUAUAUUAACCCCUUCUGUUGUCUGGAAGGGUCAGUAUGUAGCUCAUAAGAAAACGUGAUUUCUGUUGAUUUACUUCCAUUUGUCAUCCCACCCCUAGAUCAAUUAAGAUUAGUUUUAGCCUAUGCCUGUAUAGUGAAUUGUUGAGGAUUUAGUCUCAGAACUCUCGUCUGUAUUAGUUAGUGCUGAAGAACAGGUAAGAGGUGUUCAUAUUCUCUUCAAUACGAAAUAGCAAGUCUUCUUUAAAUCA